UUCCCCGCACAAGAUGGAGCUCUCGGUAGACUACUGUAGAUUCCGCGUCCUGCGCGGCGAGUCGGCAGAGAAGGUGGGGUUCAGACCCCCGGGGGCGGCGCCUUAGCCGAGCUAACGCCCCCCGCAGAGUGCGCGCGGCCGCUCCCCGCGCAGCGCGCACCCGCCGCGAUGCCCGCGGGGGCGGCCGGGGUGGGGGCGGGGAGCGCGGUCUUCGCCCCCGCUGUCCCAGCGGUCGCCGCCGGCGCCGCACCGCGAGGCGAGGAGCGCCCGCCGGGACCUGACCGCACGGGCGGAGGUGGAGGGCUCCCCGGGGGCGGCCGGUAUCCCGGCUUUCUCCGGGAGCGGGGCCGCGUGCGGACCGAGACCCCGGGCCAGAGCGCGGGUCGCGCGAGGGGCCUCCUUUCCUGGGCUCCUAGGACAGGACUGAAGAGGAACCAGGGCGAUGGCGGCGCCCUCUCUCUGUGUGGCGUCCUUUCAGGCCAGUGAGAAGAAUUCCUCGCUAUCAAAUUCUCAUCGUCAGAUGGAAUUAGGAUAUCCUCGACCUACAUUGCUGGGAGGACACAUAACAAAUAUGGGAUAUGAAGUACAGCAUCUUAAGUUACAAACUAUUUUUCCAGGUCUUAUUUAUUUACGUUAAACUAAAAUUAACUGUCAAGUAAGAACACUGAUAUUUAAAAAUAAGGUAAAUUGCUACUAUAAAAAAAUGUAAUCUUUACCAUGUAACUGAGUAAUAGAAUCCUAGAAAAUUUAUUUACUUAAUAGUAUUUCCUUUUACAGAGGUGCUUGGAAGAUAGUGGGUCUGUUUCAGAUAUCCUAAUGGGAAUUUUUUUUUCUUUCAGAAAACAGCAAUUAUAAUUUGCUGUUUUCUGAAAAGAGUUUUUAAAAAGGAGGUUCAGAAGAAAGAAGUUUUGUCAGGGUUAGUUUGGGGAUAGGCUUCUUCCAGCAGGCCUUGUGGCAGAGGCCCCCUGAGUCAUUGUGAGACUCCAGUAUAUGCCGUGUGUCGGAAAUUGAACUGCCACCAGUUGACAGCUAAAUUUGAUACCCUUAGUCUUGAGCACUUCGGAUGUCGUAUAUAAGCCAGUCCAAUCUUUGAAGGAUUUUUUUUCUCUUGGCCACUCUACAGAAUUGCAGAACUGCCCAAUUUAGACUUUUUUUUUUUUUUUAAAGCACCAUCUUUAAAAAUUCCUGUAAAUUCUAAAAAGUGUUUGGUAACUGAAAAUUUGUUUUUAGGUAUUUCAUGCUAAGCUGAAAACUUUACCAAAUAUGAUGAAACCAAAAUAUAAUGAAGCUACAGCUAAGAAAAAUCUACCCACAUAAUUAGAUUUUUAUUGAGUAUAAUUUUUUUUCUUGAUGUUCAGCCGCAAUAUACUUUUCUAUCCAACUGGAUAAAUAAAAGCUAAAAUAUAAUUUACUUAGCUUUUUUUUUGAAAUAAAAACAUAUCCUAAACUGGUUUUGUGAUAAUGUUUUUAAUAUAAGUAUUUAAAAAUCCAUCUUAACGGAAGACUUGGAAGAGCCAACUUUUAGUUUAGUGGGGUUGGCAGUAAUCAAAGAAUGCAAUUGCUAUAAUGGCUACUAUUUAUUGACUGACAGCUGUGGUGUGGCAGGCAUUAUUCUUGUGGUCUUGUAUUUAUCAACUUUAAUCCUUAUAGUAACACUGCAAGGUAGGUAUUUAGCCUCAUUUUAUUGGUGAGGAAAGAGAAGCUUGAAGAGAUCAAAGUGCCUUGCUUGCUAAGUUUCCCCAUCUGGUAAAUUUGCUCAGCAGAUAUUUGGCCCUGACACUCUGCUGGGUCUGAGACUGCAGCUGUGAACAAGACAAGAUCUUUAUUCUAAAGGAGCUUACAUUUUAGUCGUAAAGUCCGGAUUUGAACACAGGGUGUCGGAUCCUAAAACUUUUCUUCUUAGCUUUCACAUUCUCUCCUGCCAAGGACACUACAGAGGAGAUGGAUAAAACUGUUUCGGUGCCACUUAACGAAGUGGGUGGAGAUGUCAACUACGUACUGGAGUGUGCUGUGGGAAAGUAAUAUUCGUAUAGCAAUAUGGACAUAGGUCAGAGGAAUAACCCUAGGACCCACAGCUCUGUGGUGGGGAAUGGGAAGCCUAUGCUACAUACCAGUCUUGGUUUAUGAUCACCUGCAGAUAAUGUGCAAGGCAACAGCAAUGCCAUGUACUUGCUGCUACAUCUCAAAUAGCCUUAAGGAUCAGUAUUGUCUCAGUGUAAAACCCUGCACUGUCCAACAUAGUAGCCAUUAACCACUUUCAAGUACUUAAAAUGUGGCUAGUACAAUCAGGGAACUGAAUUUUAAAUUUUUAAAAAUCUUAAUUUGAAAAUUGCUACCUGAUGCAGAGUUACUAGCUCUUUUAAGCAUGUUUGGAACAACUUGCAGGUAUGAAUCUAGUUUUUCAACUACAUUUUAGGAAAUAAAUACAGAUCAAGUAUUUCUGAUGAAAAUUUAGCAUCUGAAUUAAGAUUUGUUAUGAUAUACAAUGUAUAGAUUUUGAAAACUUAGCCAUUAAUUAUUUUUAAAAUAUUGAUUACAUGCUGAAAUGAUAAUAUUUUGGACACAUUAGAUUAAAUAUUUAAACUUAGUUUCAACGGCUUUUUUUUGUUUUACUUUUUUUAUAUGUAUCUCCCAGGUAAUUUUAAAUUACAUAUGUGGCUUGCAUUUACUUGUAUUGGAGAGUGCUGGUAUAAUCAAAGGAGCCUGGUGAAGAGUAUCUGGUCCCUUUAUUUUAUUUCUGGCAUCAAAAUAUUUUCCUAGUAUACCUCACUACCCUUUUAUCAAAAGUUAUAUAUUACUCGUCAUUCUAUUCUUUCUGUUCUAUUAAUGUUAAGAAUCAUACUAAUAAGACUGCCAAUAUUUAUUCCUGUAAUAGAAAUAUAAAAAUUUUACAC